GGUAAUCCCCUUGCCUUAUAAAAACCUUACCAUUCUACCCCCUUUACCCUACCUUAUACUCGGUGAAGACGGACACACAUGGAUCAAUAAUGAAUUACCACGCCUGGAACACACCUUCCUGUCAAACGAUAUAUUGGACACCAGCAACCAUUGCAUCAUCGACAUCAUCCGUCGACGACCCAAUGUAACUUGUCACGCCGUACCAGCACACCAGACCAAAACUACUGUUCAGACCCUGCCCAAUGGUCAGAUUCUGAUAAUUGUUACAAUACCAGUGGAGGCGAGAGAAAAAUGCUCGAACCUCGAAGUUAAG